CCGGCACCGGGCGGCUGGGUGUGGAAGAGCUGCGGCGAUGACGGCGACGCCGUCGAGGUGACGAGCAUCCAGGUCUCGCCCGACCCGCCGAAGCCGGGCCAGAACCUCACCGUCGUCGCGUCGGGCAUCGUCAAGAAGGAGAUCAAGGCUGGAACGUACGCCGACGUCGUCGUCAAGCUCGGCCUCAUCCGCCUGCUCACGCGGCGCUUCGACGUGUGCGAGGAGGCAAAGGAGAACAACGCCGAGCUGCAGUGCCCCGUGCAGGAGGGCACGUACACCAUCGAGCAGACGGUGCAGCUGCCGCGCGAGAUUCCGCCAGCAAAGUUCAACGUGCACGUCAACGGCGCCACGCAGGACGACGAGCCGCUGCUGUGUCUGGACCUCAGCGUG